AUGAAUGUCAGCAUCAGAUGCCCCUACUCUUUCUGAAUCUCUUUAUCCCUUUGUCCCACAGCUAUUUAUAUUCAGCCGUUCCAAGAUGGGAGUCUGCCUAUAGAUCCUUCCCCCCACCCCCUAACCUCCGCUUUCUCUCUUACUGCUCAAUCAGGAAGAACUUAAUGGAACCGAAUUUACUCGGCCUCUCCAGCCUGAAGCCUCGCUGCUAUUUAUCUCCUCUCCCUUGCUCGCUUUUCUCUAAUCCUCAAAUCCACUUAGUUCACCAGGCUCUGCUUCACAAACACUUCUCAAACCUCUGCUUACUGAGACUGCGGAAUCCAUCCUGCAUUGUAACCUGCCCGGACCUCUCCCCGCUUCCCCGCCCCUGUCAUCUCUUACCUGCCUAGCUCCGAGGAUCCAUUCGCUUCCUCUCUCCACUGGGUCAGAGUCUGCUGUCCCUCACUUUGAACUCCAGCCACGCUGAUCAACGCGGCACAUGACUCCCUUGUGCAAAUCAGAUCUGCUCCUAUAAGACAAAUGAGAAUGAAAUGAACAAAAAAAGGCCCAGUGCCGUGAAAAUGAAUCUCUGGCUCGGGACACAAUUAUGAGUGACGGUAUUAUAGUGGGUUAUGAAGGAGACAGAUCUUAAGUAACUCAGGAGGGAGCAGAAGUCAUGUGCUGUUGAAAUGUUGUUUGGUAACGGAAGGGUCUCUUGUGAGGGGACCGACGGCAGCAUCCACGGUGCAGAGGUUGGAGACAUUGCUUUGUGAGAUUUACAAAGUGCGAAGGGACAUUUCUAGUUGAUGCGUCUUGUACGGUAUUUCGCACGUGCAUAGGGAGUGGAACUAGCUCAUUAGUACCAGUCAACAUCUGGGCACUGCACCCGUAGCUAUGUCUUCAGAGAUGCGUGCACAGUGUUAGAGAGUGCUCUCUGUUUUGGUGGGAAGAACCACCAAAAUUUGCAGAGUCGGUGAACAUUUGGACAAUAGAAAGAUUCGUGGGAUUUUGUCUGGCCACUAGGACUCCUCCUGAUCAAUAUGUUUGAUCACUUUAGCAGCACGGCUCUGCAGCUGGUCACUUGCAGUGGAUGCGGACUUUGAGUGAACUCCUCUUAGGGCUGGUGAGUAGACAAAAUGCUGCCGCCACGUGGAUUCCAAAAGAUCUUAAAUGCUUAGAAAUAUCUUUAUUUAGAGCAAAGAAGGUUCCAGAAGGUGUGGUCAUCAAUCCAAGCAGCCACCUGUAAGUGCCCAUUCACCUCCGACCUUGGGUAAUGGGUAGAUCCAAGGUUCUGGGGCUCAACUAGAUGACUCAGUUACGUGUACUAAGGUUCCAGGUUGAAAGUACACAGAGUUCUGCAUGGCCCUCAGUGCUGUGGUCAAACACCCAAGCACACAGGUAGUACACUUUAGACCUGUGCCUAUCUUAGAAUUUAAUAGCAUUUAAAAUGUAAGUGUAGACUCAGCGUCCAAGGUGAGCUUAAGGCAGAAAGGAGGCUAUUCUAAAAAGAUGUCUCUUUCAUUAUCAGUUAGAACACUGGACCCCAGAGAUUGGAAUUUCCCCAGGAGCCUCCUGACGGGAGAAGAAAAGAGCUGAUGCCUGGUGCCAGCCAGAGGAGGAGCUUGUCUCCAGAAAAGAGAACUCACAUAGUCCUGACAAUCUGUCAGACUGCCUUGCCGGAGACACUGGUACCGAGACGUUGAUGGGCGAUGGACAGGAGCGCGUCCAGAGCGAUCUGUUUAUUAGACAAGCGUGAGAAUGGCGAGGUGUACCAGAGGAAGAAGCUGGCAGCUACCGACUUCCCAGAGGGCGCGGCCCCCUCAGGACCUGUGCACGGGAACUCAGGGCAACCCGGGGUGAGCAGCUGGAGGAGAAUUGCUCUGCUCAUCCUGGCCAUCACCAUACACAACAUUCCAGAGGGUCUCGCUGUCGGUGUAGGGUUUGGAGCAGUAGAAAAGACUGCAUCUGCCACCUUCGAGAGUGCCAGGAAUCUGGCCAUUGGAAUUGGGAUUCAAAAUUUCCCAGAGGGCCUGGCUGUCAGCCUUCCUCUGCGUGGAGCAGGCUUCUCUACCUGGAAAGCUUUCUGGUAUGGACAGCUGAGCGGCAUGGUGGAGCCCUUGGCUGGGGUCUUUGGAGCCUUUGCGGUGGUGCUGGCUGAGCCCGUCUUGCCCUACGCGCUGGCCUUUGCCGCCGGUGCCAUGGUCUACGUGGUCAUGGACGACAUCAUCCCCGAAGCCCAGAUCAGUGGCAACGGGAAACUGGCAUCCUGGGCCUCCAUCCUGGGAUUUGUGGUGAUGAUGUCCCUUGACGUGGGCCUCGGCUAGCUCUGAGAACCUUGGGACCCCAUGAAGGAAAGCACCAGACUUCUGCAGGACCAUGAGCCUCUCUUCACAUUAAAACCCCAUUCCUUUCUCCCCUCCGUCUCCUUACCCCAGAUCAGCUCUGAUUACAUUUUUUUUUUUUUUUGACUUUCCGUUUUGCUUUGGAGGGAGAAGCUGGUUUUCUUUGUAAAUCUCAAGGUGUCAUAGAACUGUAGAUUUGUGUUUUGGCCACUGAGUGGAAGGAAUCUUUCUUCAGUGGGUAACCCCUACUGUCCCACCUCCGGUCUCCCUUUCUAGACUCAACUUCAACACCUCAGGGUCACCUCCAGAAGUCAGCUCCUGGGAUACAAGCUCUGAGCAUGUUGGCCUAAGGUUUUGGAGCAGGUUGCCAGGGCCCCUAGUGCUCCUUCUCCAUGGACCCUCUGUCCAUCUAGGAUGCCGGGACAGAAGCAACAGGAACACAGAAGCCUGCUCGCCAAGGCUGAACCAGCGUAACAGGGUCUGCUUCCUCCAGGGAGGCACGCACAGGAAGGCCCACACACCGAGAGCAGGAAGUCAGCUUGUCUCUCUCCUAAAGAUGGGCACUGCUGAAGUUAGAGAAAUAUGGAAACAAGGGUGACCAUGAACAUGCAGCGCUCUGAAGAGUGCCGUGAGUAGGUUUUAAGCUGAGCCCCCUCCCCCCCACGUCCCCGCUCUUUGUAGAGGACAAGAGCAGGCACUUAGUCCUGGCUCCCAGGUCUCCUAGCUAUUAAUCUUGAUGUGUUUAUAGCCUUUGUUUUCCUGAGAGACUUGUGGAUACCAGCAAAUUGCAAAUACACAACCCCUCAUUGACUCACAGAGUCACUUAAGUCAACUCUAGGGAAUGACAUGCAGAGCCCGACAAGGCUUCUUCUCCGCUGGCCCUUUGGAAGCUUACAAGCCAGAGCCGCUGAGCUUCUGCAGAAGCUUUGUGGGAAUCUGGCCAGCAGGCUUCUAGUGGGGAAGGAAAGGGGAGGAAGAAGAGGUAUUUUUUACAUUUCCUUUCUUAGAAAACUCAAAACUCUGAGGUGAUCCUGAAGAAUGACUGGACCUUGACUACAUGCUAACCUGCUCCAUCAUACAUGUCGCUCCACCAUCUGCCCUCCCAACGCAUCAGCCCUGAGCCCUCCCUGGCUGGGGAGUGUGUGGGACUCAGAGAAAAGGCUUCACCCGGGAGCCAGGCACUUGGGUACUGGGUUCUCAGUAUCUGCCCUCUGUGUUUACAUGUUCCGUCCAUCCAUGGAUGGAUACUGUAGUCUGUGAAUGCUCAAGAUCCCAGAGGCCAACCUCGGCCGGAUGUGUCUGUUCUUCUGAAAGCACUUGAUGAUCAAAAAGACACAUCCAGAGAUCUGAUUGGUUGAGGUUAGCUGGUUUGGUGAUUGGCACGUGUGUAUAUUUCUAUCCUUACGUCUCCGUGUGUCGUUCUGUUGCUGCAAAUCACCCUUUCUGCUGGAUAAGACCUCGUAACUGUGAUUCAUGUCAAUAAAGGGAAUUUUGUCGUGCA